AUGCAGGGGUGUAGGACACUGCGGUCUGCAGAGAUGACCGUUUUCUUCACAGAUGCAGGACCACCUUCUUCCGCGUUUUUGUUGACGUGGACAUUUGUGUUGGGUGUUUCUUUCGUCGUAUUUGGGGUGUUUCGGCCUACAGUGCGUGGCACAAGGCCACCGAUCGCUGGAAAAACAUUUGCCCCCGCUGUAUCAUUGUGGUGGGUACGUCAACUUCAUUACUGUGUGGCAACGUGGCUGCUGUUUGACUUGGUUAAUCGUCUAUUCUCUUACAUUUUCCUUCCAUCGCGAGUGCUCUGGCGAAGACACAUGCUGCCGCUUCCCGACGGAAUACUUAGCCGUUGGGUGAAUCAACUCCGCCCCUCGAUGCUCUACGUGUUCCGAGUGAAGAACGUGCAGGAAAUGUGUGAGGAGUUGCAACUUCCAGUGGCGUCCUCCGCUUCUUCUGUUACUCCUCACGUUACCGGCGGUAUUCCAGGCGCCACAUUUCAAGGCGUUGAAGAAAAUGGACGUGUGACCGAGAAUGAAUGGGAGUGUUGUCAAUGGGUGGCACUGGCAUCUUUGAUGACAACGAUCUUAAUUAUUUUUUUAGCCUGCAGUGGGAUCAUCUACUUCUUCGCGCUGAAUUCGGUCAAGGAUGAGGUUGACGAAGAAGAGGACCGCAGUGAAGUGGAGACCACAUCGGACGAUGAAACGAGCUCUGACUGCGAUCAGGACCUCUGGCGGGACUUGGGUGAGCCUGACGAUUCAUGCCUCUUGAGCCCGGAAGCAAUGGCAGAGGAGGAGCGUUGGAAAUUGAGGGAGGCGGAAGAGCGAUGCUUCCAACGGCGCCAACGACAAGAGGAAAAGAAGAAACAAGAGAGGGGCAUUUAUCUUAUGUUAAGUGAAUAUUGGCCUGUCCUUUUGUCAGCAUGUUACGCUGGCCUUUACGCAUGUACUGGAGGCACGCCAUUAUUGAUGCAGUAUGUGUAUCCUUGCGGCGUCAUGCUUGUGACUCUGUGUGGAAUGAGUGCUUAA